AUGUCAGGGAAUUUGGCAGCGGACUCUCAGACGAUCACAAUGAACAGUGAAACAGACGACGAAGAUGACUGUGGAUUUCUUGGAUAUGGCUAUGAAGAUCUGACGUUUUUGGAAGCCUGUUUGGAGAACGACAUAGAUUGUAUUCAGUCCAUAGUGGAAGAAAAUCCCACCGAAGAUGAACUAAAUGAACGAGAUCGAUCAGGACGGACGGGUAUGAGCCACAUUUGUGCGAUAGGUUUAUUCCAAGCCAUAGAUAUUUUAUCUGAUGCUCCCGAGAUUGAUAUUAACAUACCAGAUAAAGAAGGAAAUAGCCCGCUUAUCUUCGCUGCACAAGCUGGUCACACUGAUGUGGUGCGACUAUUACUACAGGAGUAUAAAGGUAUCAGAAUUGAUCAGUGUAACAAAUUAGGAUUCACAGCUCUUAUGAAAGCUGCAAUACAAGGUCGUACCGAUUGCGCCCGACUGCUACUUUAUGCAGGUGCAGAUCCGAAGCUUCGAGACUACGGUAGAAAGUUAUGUGCAGAAGAGUGGGCACUUUAUUGUGGGCGAAAAGACUGUUCUGAGGCAAUCGCUAAAUUUUCCAAUACCAAAAGAUUUAUCCAGCGCAAUAAACUAUGUCAAGGAAACGAACGUUGCUCAAGUGUUCCCGAUUUAGCCUCGGAUGCGUUUUCGAACACAUCCCCUCAGCAAAGACAAUCGCAUAAAAGACAGUCAUUGCGGAAAAAAAUCAAAAAGAUGCUACCGUGUAAUAAUGAAACAAUGGGACUAAAUCUGGUGGUGGGGGAACCCAAUAAUCCAUUCGCAGUUAUAGCGCGCUGUGUAUCAAGUCCCGCUCUUCCUGGGGUUAUGUCCCCUGUAAAUUCCCCGCCAAGUUUAAGACGACCAGUCAGUGCAGACGACAUUCCACGUGUUGAAGUAACCAUACCUUACGAUGAAGAGGAAUUUCUGGCAAGACAACGAGAAUUAGGCAUACCAAAAGGACGGCGUCAUCGAAAAUGUGUUUUUGUGCACUGA